UCUUAACAGUGGCAUGCUCGGAGAGGUUAUGAAGAAUAGUCUGUCCAUUUGUCGGAGCUCACCUUGAAUAAAUCCAGCCAUUUUGAAUUAGUGUCGCUCAAGGCAGACGUUUGUUUGCUCGUGAGGCCUGUGUUUUAUUAGCCAAAAACGAAGCAGGCUGCUAAAUAAUUAUUUUGGACGAUUAAACAUACAAUGUGCGCCCAAUUUCUCAUCACUAUUAACGUUUAUUUUGCAUUUGGAACCGGCUCGCGAAAAGUCAACGUUAAAGACCCGGUCUUUAUGUUUUGAUCUUCUUGAUGCUGUCUUUUUGGAGCCCCGCCCUCUUAUGCUGAGAGGUAAGACCCAUAAUGGCGACAUCGUCUUACCCACUUGACGCAGAUCUAAUGCGAGAGGUCCUUGAAUGUCCUAUCUGCCUUGAGACCUUCAACGAGGACCAACUCAGACCAAAGCUCCUCCAGUGCGGUCACACGGUAUGCCGCCAUUGCCUCGAGAAACUCUUGGCCAACACCAUCAAUGGUGUGCGCUGCCCCUUCUGUAGCAAGGUCUCACGCAUGAGCAGCAUCUCACAGUUGGCAGACAAUCUCACAGUGCUGAAGAUCCUUGAUUGCACCACGUCCUGCAGUGCGGCGGCUGCCGCCCUCAUGUGUGGGUCCUGCUGCAACCGCUUACCACGGCAGUACUGCCACGACUGCGCCAUGGUUCUGUGUGAGCCGUGUAAAGGCGAGGGGCAUCUACACAAGGGCCAUUCUGUCCAGUUGAUUCGGAUGGCUGCUGAGCAACGUCGCAAAGAACUGGGUGGCAAACUGUCUACCCUACGUGAAAUCAUGGGUGAAAUCCAGAAGAAAAAGACAGCGAUUGAAAACAUUUCCAAAUCUUUCAGAGCGAAGUACCGGGCAGUGCAGCAGGAUUACACUACGGCCGAGCUGCUGCUUCAAGAUGAGCUGAGCCGGUCUCGGACGACGUUCAGGGCGGCCAUGGCGGAAGUGCAGAAGCUCAACGGGCAGGUCCUCGAGGAGCAGACAUAUCGCCUGAACAUCGCGGAGGUAAAGGUGGUGUCAUGUUGUGAUUAUCUAAACAUGCGGGUGAGGCAAAGCGAUAUCAGCCUGCUCAAGGAUGAUGGAGGCGGGUAUGACGAUGAGGAGCUCAAGCUGAGGAGCACCCUACCCACCGUGUUCCAGCUACAUGAGCCGGAGCUGGUCCGUACAGAGCACUCCAAACCGACAGAAGUUGGGCAUUUGACCACAAAUCCGUAUACGGUGAACACAGACAGUGCAGAAAGCAGGUUGGAGGUUGCGCUUGAGGGCGAUGCUGAGAGUGUAGAAGGAGCUGUAGGUGGUUCAGUGGGGCCUCCAGUGGAUAUUUACAGAGACGUUGACAUGAUCACAGCUGCUGAUGAGAUUUCAUGUAGCUCACCAGGCACCUACAAGUCCAAGUCUAUGGAUGCUGGAGGGGGAUCACAAGAAGGAGCAUGUACCGGUACCCCAUUGUGCCAGUUUGUGAAGAAAAUGGGCUGUAAGGGAGCUCUUCCUGGCUCUUUCAAUUUACCAGUUAGCAUCUGUGUGACCCAGCAAGGUGAGGUCCUGGUGGCUGACCGCGGAAACUACCGCAUCCAAAUAUUUAACCGCAAAGGCUUCCAGCGUGAAAUCCGCCGCAACGCCAGCAGCAUCGACAACUUCGUCCUGAGCUUCCUCGGCGCCGACCUGCCAAACCUCAUGCCCUUGUCCAUUGCUGUCACACCUCAAGGUCUAAUUGGGGUCACCGACAACUACGACAACUCUGUUAAAGUGUACACCAUGGAUGGACAGUGCAUAGCGUGCCACAAGAACCAACUCAUUAAACCUUGGGGCAUUACAGCCAUGCCCUCCGGCCAGUUUGUGGUGUCAGACGUAGAGGGAGGCAAGCUGUGGUGCAUUUCUGUCGACCGCAACGUCGGUGUGGUGAGCUACAACCGGCUGUGCUCGGCGGUGCGGCCCAAGUUUGUGACGUGCGAUGCCACCGGUACCGUAUACUUCACCCAAGGCCUGGCACUGAACUUUGAGAAACGCCACAACGAGCCCCACCUGGAGGGUGGAUUCUCCAUCGGCUCCGUGGGCACCGACGGCCAGCUCGGCAAGCAGCUCAGCCAUUUCUUCUCCGAGUCGGAGGACUUCUGCUGCAUCACCGGCAUGUGCGUGGACACAAAUGGGGAUUUGCUCGUAACGGACAGCGGGCGGAAGGAAAUCCUUCAGUUUCCCAAAGAAGGGGGGUUCAAAGUUCUCAUCCAGGAUGGACUUAACUGCCCAGUGGGAGUGGCCACCACACCCAAAGGGCAGCUACUGGUGCUGGACUGCUGGGACCACUGUGUCAAAGUGUACACAUACAUUCAAAGAAGGCACUCAUCUACCUCCUAGAGGAACUGCACCGAAGCGCUGCUUCAUUUUGGUGUUUUGAUGCCUGCAAAAGCUGAAGGCAAACUCUAUUUUGUUUAGACUCAUUCUUACGCCACAUUUCUUUGGCCAACACAGUUUGAGUCACAAGCAACCUUAUUAUUUAAACUUACCUUGCAAUAAGCAUAAUAUCCAAGUAUACAGGCGCAGGUUGUCUCAUUAAUAUAACAAAUUAAGCUAAUAUCCACGCUAAUGUCACUCUGUCAUCUGCAAUUACAUCAGACUUGCAAUAUACAAACAGGAGGAGAAUUAGCGUAUGGGCUUUCGGGCCUGUGAAGCACUUUAUCGUGUCAUUGUUUUAUUAGCACAGACAGACAUUGACGGCUUUAAAGUUUACUGUGCAGUAAAUUAAGUAAAUCACUAAGGACGUAUAAGUAUUUGUUGAACUGCAUCCAGUAACAUUCAGGGAGCGUGCAUGUACUGCAUAGUCUGCGAUGGUACAUAAACACUAAUGGGACAAAUGCUGUGAAGACAAGCUGUGGAUUAUCACACUUUCACGUCGUUUUUGUGGGGUUUCACUCAUUAUGGCGUUGUCAGAUUUUAAAAUAAUUGGAUAUGUAGCUGUCAAAAAAAGAAAAAAAACGUGUCAUUAGCCAUAGAAAGUCAUUUCAUACAUGUAAUCUGUCUUUAUCAAAAUGCAUUUUCUGUAUCAGUUCAUCAAGUGUUGUCAUUCCCCACCCCCCAAGGAUCUGCUAAAAUAUAUUAAGGGGACAUUAAUCAUGAAAAUCACCCAGUCAUACUAUAAUUACAUGGUCAUCAAUCUCUUAUAAGAAAAUAUGCACCUUCCAGUCCAGGUUGUGUUCAUAAGAGCACAUUGUUUGAGCCUUAAAGAUGACUUUAAACUCCGCACUGAAAUAUCUAAUAUAAUAUCUGUGAAUUUAAUAGAUGGAUAAAAAACACUAAGUUUAUUGAAGUACUGGUCCUUUUUUUGUAUACAUAAGAUGUUUGUUUGGUAUCUCCACUCUAGUCUAAUAGGUUUAGAUGUCACUGCAGGUAGUUAAACAGAAAACGUCAUCACUUCCAAAAACAACAACAAAAAAGCUAAGUGUCCUUGUGUCAGUGUGCUAAACAUGUUCAUGUUACAUGUGAUUUAAUUAAGCAGUCAUUUCAUCCUGCAAAAUUGUACAGUUAAAUAGUAGUGACAUUUGCAAUAGGUCCAUGAACUUAACACCCCCGCCCCCCAGGUUCCCUCAGGUGCUCUGGAGCAUGUGAAUCCUUAUGUGUUGAACACAUGGAUGGAAACCUUUGUGUUUUUCGUGGCUCGCUUUUUGUGUUUGUAUCGUUGAUUCUUUUGAGUGCAAUAAACAUUUCUGAAAUAACUGCAA